AAGAAGUUUCUAAAAAAGAUGGAAUUGAAAAAACUGAUAAUAAUAGUAUAAAUGAACAUGAAGAUACAUCAUUAAAUAAAAGCGUCAAUGAUUCUGAAAAAAUAGCAGAGGAGAAAAAUGUGGAAGGAGACAAUGAAUUAUUAAUUGAAAGAAUUUCAGAACCAUUAUUUGAAAAAAAUAACUCUGAUAACUUUGAAAUUGUAACCUAUACAACUACAUUCACUAAAGAGUUAUUAAAUAGCAAAGAUAACAACAAUAAUAAACA